AUGGCCAUGUCACGCGGAAAUGUCCUUGAAAGGGGCUUUGGUACUCAUACUGAGCAAAGAACACCCUCAAAUGUUGUACAAAACGGAUAUGCAACGGAAUCGGACAAAUGGUGUCUAUAUGGCUUAUUCAUCUUGUGUGGACUCUAUCUCUGUCCAUGGGCGCAUGAUAACAAAACUGUGGAUCAGAGCCCUUCCGUAGACGAUACAAUUAAUAAGCUAUUAGACCAUGCUAGUUAUGAUCUUCAAGAUGCCGGAAUUGCAAUGCUACUGAAAGAACUUAAAGAUGCCAGAUCGCGUGAACGUAAUAAUAAACACGAGUCUACCCAUCCUGAAAUAACAAGCAUGUACACACGUUGGGGACGUAGAACAUGUCCUGCUUGGGCAUCCUUAGUUUAUGAAGGGUUUGCAGCUGGGGGAGAACACAUGUCAACUGGGGCAGCUGCAAAUUAUUUAUGUCUUCCACAAAGUCCAGACUGGGAUAAUAAAAGCAAUAACCCACAGUACGUAGGUCUGAUAUACGGGGCAGAAUAUGAACUCUACAAAAGUAUGUUUGAAGGAAUUACUAACCAUGAUGUUCCCUGCGCUGUUUGUCAAGUCCCAAGAAGCAGCGUUAUAAUGGUACCUGCGAAGAAUACCUGUUUCAAACAUUUCGUUACAGAAUACAACGGUUAUCUUAUGGCUGGACAUCCUACCCAUAAAGCAGCUUCCGAGUACGUUUGUGUUGAUGGUGAACCUGAACCAGCUAGCAAAUCUCUUGCUACCAAUCACAACGGGGCACUGUUUUACUUUGUUCGAGCUAAGUGUGGUGCGCUUAAAUGCCCUCCAUAUAAAGAGGGUGACGACCUUACAUGUGUUGUAUGUUCUUAUUCUCCCAAGUAAUUUUUAAUUGUGACAGUUAUAACAAUUAUGUAUGAUUGAUGCAACGAUUAUCGAUUAGGACAAUUUUCUGUUGUUUCCGUCAUAGUUUCUAUUGUGAAUAAUAAAUAAACAAGGCUGCACGGGAAUUCGGUUUACAGUUCAGGUGUUUUAAGAUGAACUUGCAAAUUGGCAAUAGCAUUUGCAUUUUGAUAUUAAACAUACACAUACUAA